CCACUCACUUGGAGACUUGCAGUUGCACACUCGUGCAAAGCUAUACAAGCACACACGCAAACUGAUAUCAUACACGCUUACACGAUGGACUCGCGACCCCAUGUCAAAUUCCUAAAGACCAUGUACCAGGUCGUCGUGAACAACUUCCUCGCCGUUGUGCCAGUGGCUGCCGCCGCUGCCGUGCUCCAGAGAACGAGCCCCGAGGAGAUACUCGCGCGGGCGUGGGAAACCCGGCCGGUCCACUGGUUGCUGGCCUUGCUCCUGGCGGCAGCUGUGGCCAAGCUGAGGCGCAUGCGCCGGCCCAAGGACGUGUACCUCGUCGAGUACGGCUGCUUCCGGCCCAAGCCGUGCUUCCGGGCGCCGAUCGCGACGUGCCUCGAGCAUGCGCACCUCAUGCCGUACCUGAUCGACAAGGAGAGCGUCAGCUUCGCCAUUCGGCUGCUCGAACGCUCGGGGCUCAGCGAGGAGACAUGCGUUCCCGACGCGUACCACUACAUGCCACCUGACCGUAGCCUCAAGGCCUCGCGGGAAGAGACCGAGCUGGUCAUCUUCUCCGCCAUCGAUGACGUGUUCGCUAGGACGAGCGUGAAGCCCAAGGAGAUCGACGUGCUCAUCGUCAACUGCAGCAUCUUCACGCCAACACCGGUGUUCGCCGACAUGGUCGUCAACAGGUACAAGCUGCGCGCCGAUGUGAAAAACGUGAACCUGUCCGGGAUGGGGUGUAGUGCCGGGCUCGUCUCCGUCGGCCUCGCCAAGAACCUGCUGCAGGUGGCGCCGCCGGGCACGAACGUCCUGAUCGUUUCCACGGAGAUCCUCUCGUCUCAGUACUACGUCGGCACCGAGCGCGCGAUGCUGCUUCCCAACUGCCUCUUCCGCAUGGGCGGCGCAACCAUGAUCCUGUCUAACUCCUCCGAACGCGCACGGUUCAAGCUCGGCCGCGUCGUGCGCACCGUGACCGCCGCGCGGGACGCCGACUACCGUUGCGUCUUCCAGGAGGAGGACGACAAGGGCAACACGGGAAUCCGUCUCUCCAAGGAUCUCACCACCACCGCCGGCCACGCUCUCAAGAGCAACAUCACCGUCUUCGGCCCCCUCGUCCUGCCGGCCUCGGAGCAGCUCCUCGUCGCGCUGUCCCUCCUCAAGCAGAAGCUCCUUAGCGGGGGCGCUAAGGUGAGGCUCUACCGCCCGGACUUCCGCACCGCGUUCGAGCAUUUCUGCAUCCACGCAGGCGGGCGCGGGGUGAUCGACGAGGUGCAGCACGGCCUCGGCCUCUCCGACGACGACGUGGAGGCGUCGCGGAUGACGCUGCAUCGGUUCGGGAAUACGUCAAGCAGCUCGGUGCUCUACGAGCUGGCGUACAUCGAGGCCAAGGGCCGGAUGAGGAAGGGCGACCGCGUGUGGAUGAUCUCCUUCGGUGCCGGCUUCGACUGCAACAGCGUCGCGUGGGAGUGCAUCAAGCCGGCGGCCGACGCCGACGGGCCAUGGGCCGACUGCAUCCGCCGCUACCCGGUGCAGCUUCCAGAGAUCGUCAAGGACAUCUAACUCCAUAAAACAGAGCAUGCAUAUGCAUGCAACUGACGUUGUCAGGCAUACAACGUAACUAGUAUACGUGUAUACACAUCAUGUGCAAGUCCAAGUAGAAAUAUGCGUAUACAUAUUGGAUAUAUGGUACAUAUCUCGGAAGCGAUCCUUCAAAAAUAGCUGGAUCGAUGUCCUUGAUAUAGCCCAAAGUACGGCUUUCAUUAGUUUGGUUACCACUUCGUACAAUACCAAUUAUGUGCUGUUAGGUUUGGAACAAAUAAACUAUAGAACUGAUCAUACUAUGAUCUCCAAUAUAUAUAAUUGAAGAUUAAUGC